AUGGCAUUUUCUCAAGGUAAAAGAUUGAGACCUGGGCUCGACAAUGGAGAUUCCGCCCGAAACGGCCCUAAAAAUUCAGGAACUCCGGUCGAAGUUCCGCGCAUUAAGCCUGGGGAAGAUAUGAGAUCAUUUUCUGCCCGAGUGGACACCGCAUUGCCAGUAGCUGGCCUUACAAAGAAGACAAAGACCAAGGACGGCAAAGAUUCACUUGGCAUCAAGGUACAACGCACACGCAAGGAGCGGAAGAUGCACAAGCUCUACGAUCAGUGGCGGGCCGAGGAACGCAAAAUACAAGAGCAGAAAGAGGAAGAACGCGAGUUGGCAGCAGAAAGAGAAUUAGAAAAUGACUACGAUGACUUGUUUACUGACAGCGCUUGGACGGAGGCCGGCGAGGAAACGGGCAAUAAGAAGUCUCGGAAAAGAAAGGGCAAGGGACGAGAGGAAGAUCCUUGGAUAGAGUUGGUUCGUAAGAGGGGCGAGGCCAGGAUUGGUCUUCAUGAUGUCGCCCAAGCACCGCCAGAGCUCCAUCACAAAAAGACGAGAAAACAACUCGAAGUAGGAGGCGCGACUGUUGAUGUUGACAGUAUCCCCAAGUCUGCGGGAAGCCUGCGAAGACGAGAGGAGCUCCAGACAGCCAGGGAUGACGUGGUAGAGGCGUAUAGGAAGAUAAGGGAACAUGAACAGGCCAAGCUUGAUGCCCAGCGAGGGAAAUCUAAGAGAUAG